GAGGAGCCCACCGGCGGGACGGCGAUCUCUUCGUUGCCGUUGACGCGCUCGCCGAUUAUCCGCUAAGCCGCCGACGGGCACCGCUGGCGCCCGACAUGGACGCCGCAGCCGCUAUGACCACCACCGCCACCACGAUCACCGCUACCAGCAGCAGCAAGUGGGUAUGGCGGCCAAGAUGGACCGGGUGGACGACGGCGCCGCAAAGUCGUCCAACUUUUUGCCAUUGCGAGAUUCACGACGAUUACAAAACCGACGACCCAUCACCCACCGAGCGUUCACGGCCGUCGCGCCGACGUUCAAGACAGCAGUCGUCGUCCGGGCCGUCCAAGUUCGCGCUUGCGAUCAUCACUAUGUUGAUGCUAUUGACCACCGCGAUCGAGGACGUCCGAGCACUGGGAUUUUUCGAGCUGCAAAUACUGGAGAUUGAAAAUUAUCGCGGCCAACUGGCCACGGGCGAGUGUUGUGGCAGCGAUUCCUCCUCGUCAGCCCAACAGCAACCGUCAUCGGCACAGCGCAACACACUGCAAUGUACCGGUGCACCGCAGUGCAACACACUGUUUCAGGUGUGCUUGCGCGAAUACCAGAGCCGACAACAGCAACAGCUGCAGCCAGCUGGUGGGUCAUCCUCGUCCGUGUUGGCCGGUGGCAGGGUAGUCAUCGGCGAAGACGAUUCGUCGGCCACGGGUUCCAAUCACCACCAAACUCCAAACUCGCACCUGCACCACUGCUCCUUCGGUAAUGUCACUAGUCCCGUCCUCGGCGGAAAUUCGUUUACGCUUGGCGGUGACGCCGCGGCUGCAGUGCCGGACUCCAAUUCACCYGCGGACAUCGGUAACCGUGGUGCAGCCGGUGGCAACCUGGCCUUACAGUUUACCUUCAGCUGGACAGUCAGAUUGACGUCAGUUAUCGAAGAGGCUACAUAUUCCGGUAUCUUGUUGCCUGGAAACGAGUGGAAAGCUCUGUCACACCUGGGCCAUACGGCUCGCAUGGCGUACCGGGUGCGCGUUAGGUGCGAUCGCAACUACUACGGACAAAAUUGCACAAAACUCUGCAAGCCCCGAGACGAUCGGUUUGGCCAUUAUACGUGCGGUGACACGGACGGCCGGAAAGAGUGCAUACCAGGCUGGCAGGGCGAGACGUGUGACAAAGCCGUGUGCAAGACCGGAUGCAAUCCCGUACACGGACAUUGUGCUAAUCCCGGAGGCUGCGAGUGCCKGAAAGGUUGGCAGGGUGAGCUGUGUGAUCAGUGUAUGACGUAUCCUGGAUGCAAGCACGGAUAUUGUAACGGAACUUCUUGGCAGUGCAUAUGUGACGUAAACUGGGGAGGCAUUUUAUGCGAUCAAGACUUGAACUAUUGCGGCACCCACGAACCUUGCCUGAAUGGAGGGACGUGCAAGAGCACGGCACCCGACAGAUACACUUGCACGUGUCCCGAAGGGUUUGGAGGCGCCAAUUGUGACGUGGUGCUGAAUCCGUGCGCCACCGAGCCGUGUGCCAACGGCGGAAAAUGCAGGACCGUGGACGCUGUCACCGCAUCCGUCGGUGGUGCCGGUGCAUCUGGCUCUGGUACGGCCGGCGGCGGUGCUUUGAUGUUCGGCUCCGUUGCUCAAUCCACGCCGCUGCUGGUGCCCAAGCAGUUCCAUUGCGAUUGUCGGCCCGGCUGGAUGGGCAGCACAUGCAAUACAGAAAUCGACGAGUGUGCUACUCAACCGCCCCGGUGCCUGAACGGAGGAUCGUGCAUUGACCUGGUGGCCGACUGGCGUUGUGUGUGUGCGGACGACCGUUGGCGUGGUCGCCGAUGCGAAAUUGACGUAGACGAAUGUGAGCGACAGCACAGGGAACGGCAGUCGGCGGGGGUCGAACAGCAGUGUGGUCCGAAUGCAGUGCCCUGCAGAACGACUGGGGGUGGAAGUAACGUCGCUGUGACCACGGAAUGCGUGUGCCGAAGGGGCUGGACGACGGCAGCGGCAAUGACGACUUCCAGGGAUGGCCACAAUGGAACUUUAGCGGCCGCCCUUGCGUGCACCGUGAACGUGGAUGAUUGUGCUGGACCGGACGUGAAAUGCGCCAAUGGUGGUACUUGUUUGGACUUGAUCGGAGGCUAUACUUGCGCGUGCCCAGUCGGCUUUACCGGUCGGAACUGUAGAACUCAAAUCGACCCGUGUGGUGGCGAUAGCGAAUCAGGUGUGGCUGGCGGAGGUAAUCCUUGCAAAAACGGCGGCGAAUGCGUGCCGUCGCGUCGUUGGCGUGGUGGAGGAAUGGGUGGAAUGUCGGCCAAACAGCAGCAUCAGCAACAAGCAUAUUCUUGCAUAUGCCCGUUGGGAUAUUCAGGCGAAAACUGUGAGAUCGAUAGGGACCAUUGUACACCGAACCCAUGUCGAAACGGCGGUCAGUGCCUGAACACGCCGGACGAUUAUUACUGCCAGUGCAGCGGGGACGGUUGGUCGUGGCAUGGCAAAAACUGUACAGUGCCAGCCGACGGUGGCAUCGGCGGGGCUACCAAGUCUACGGCCUCGACCACGACGACCACCGCAAGACCUACGACUACCACGACCACGACAGCCGCACCGACGACAACGACAACGACGACCGUGGCCAGUACUAGAUCUCCGUCGACGCCACCACUGCAGCGUAGCACCGCUAUUACGCCGGUGGCCACAAUCCGUCGACCUGGCGGUGGUUUGUCGGUAACAACGAUAUGGCGACAGCAGCAGAAGCAAUAUGGCGAUGAAGAUGACGACAUCGCUAGAGCUUCAACAGUAGCGAAUGCAGAUCAACAGCAGUUCGACGACGACGGCGUGACAGUAAUGUGCGGAGGAGGUCGUCAUCGGCGCAAGCACUGGAUCGCUGACGACGGUUGCAACGAGUGCAAGUGUAGCUCUAAAUCGUCGAUGGUCGACAACGUUGACGACAAGUCGACCGUGAUGUCGUGCACCAACAUGUGGUGCGGACCCGCGACUUUCGACUGUUUGAGCGGUGUUAUGCCUUGCACCGGCACCAACCAGGUGUGCGUACCGAUUAUAGACGACAUGGAUGACGAAGAAUUACUUGAAGACGACAUGGAAAAGCAAGGAGAGACCGACGGAACCGUUUCUGCGGUGGACACCCUUCUUCUAUGGAGACAGUGUUUGCGUCCACCGUGUGGUGGCGUGGACGCGGAUCGUGACAGGGACGACGUUCGGCUCCGGUACGGUUACGAUGACGAUGGCAGCCAAGACGACCACAGCGCUUACGUGGCCGUGGGUUCGUGGCCGAGGCGUCGUCGCCGGGGUCAGUGUGCGACCGCGUUGGUGGAAGACAGCGACGUGGACGAUGGCGGGGAUGACGACGACGAGGACGGUUCACCCACUACGGUGUGGCCGUCAGUGGUUCAACACUGUCUGCCAAACGGUCAGACCAGUGACAAACGUCUACCACACCAACAGCAUCGCCGUCGGCGUACUGAUGCUUGCGGCCGGUUGCGCAUUACUCUGGACCCAGCGCGUCUGCGGCGCGGUACUCGAGUAUCAGCCGUGUGCCACAGUCUCCGUCGACUGCUUGCCAGAGAAUGGGUGCGUAGUGGCGACGAUGGUGACCUGAGUCAAGAGAACGACGUGGAAUACCGACGGAAUCGAGUGUACGUCAUGUGCGAAGCGGCCGAGGAUCAGCGAGAAAAUAACGACGACGACCGAAUCGGCGGUGGUAAUGCCGGAAGUAGCGGCAACAACCGCCGUCGACGCCGACGACGUCGCGUCACUGUCCGAGUGUCUUUGGCUAUCGUCACAGAUAAGCAGCUACAGCACCAGCACCAGAGACGGAUUACGGCAACGGCGGCAGAGGACGACGAUGUCGAUGUUGCAGCGGUCGUAGGACGGGCCGUCCAAACGCUUUAUAAACGACUCAACGGCGGCAUUGUUGCCGGAUCAACGGUGACUUCGACGAAAAAAGUUCAAACCGCUGGACACCGUCUUCGCCCGACACUGAACGGCGGUGUCGACGACUACGAUGACGCGGCGGCGCUGGCAUUCUUAACGGCCGCUGUAGUGGACGUUUCCCUAGGAAGUGGUGUGACGGGCGAAUCGCAUUCAACGCCAGUUCCGGCAAACGCAUCCGGUUCUUCGAACGAAGAUUACCGGCAUUACUACUACUACUAUUGGACGAUCGGCGUGGCCUGCGGAGCGUUGGCCACUGUGCUGGCGGCCGCGGCGUUCCUGUUACUACGUUUCCGGAGCAGUUCCAGGAGGAAAUCGAACGGUGGUCAAACGACGUCGGAUUCUUCAGCUACUGUCGUUGACCCUUCUGUGCCUGGCGGCGACAGUUUGAUGUUGUCACUGGUGCGGCGUCAAAACGAGGAGAACCUCAAGCGGUUGGUGACCGGUGGCAACCGGGUCGCCGUGACGGCCGCCGGUGGUGACUAUGGUGGCAGUGGCUGCGGACGCAAUAACUUGUCGGCGGGAUCGUCUCUUAGUUGCUCACGUGUCAGCAUCGUUCACCCGUUAUGCAAUGUCACUUCAGCUGACGAAGGAUCUUCACCGGAACUGCAACGCAAACAGAAUGGUGAUGUCGAAGGCAUGAAUGUGGACGAUGAAAAGGGCGGAGAGAAAACAACAAACGUAGCAUCACCGCCAAUAGCUGCCGUUAGAUCUGUAGCUGUUGCCGUUCCUCGACAACAACAGCAACAGCAACAAGUACAACAACAAACACAGCAACAACAACGGCCAUUAGCUGCAGCAGCCCCGCAGCCAUUAUUGUUAUGCAAAAAGACUUUGAAUGUAGACAACGAGCAGCGACGACAACUACAAAUGAUGCAACAACAACGGCAACAGCAACCAUCGAUACACCAACAACAACAGCAACCAAUACACCAGCAACACCAACUACCACUUCACCACCAACAACAACAAUUACAACUCGCACACCAACCACAUCAACUACCGGUUCAUCAACAACAACUUCAGCAGCAGCAAGUAGCAGCGCAACAGUACAACCGUCGCAGUCGUGGAGAAAUUCUUAAUCAACAAGUGCAACCUAACCAGCAACAGUAUCACAAUCAACAGCAACAACAACAUUAUACGGCGUCAUUGUUACACUCAAUACCAACUAACAAUAAUAACAACCACAGUUCGGAAGGUGGUGAAGACGAAGCGGCUCCACCGUCGCUCACCGUUUUGGUGUAGAAGAUAUCGACUCUUAUUAAAACACAAAGUUUUGUAUUUUUUUUUUUUUUUUUUAACUGUUUUUGUAUAUUUACAAAUCGUCAACAUAAUUAA